CCGUGUCUGAAGGGAGGAGGCCGAGGCGAGGCCUGGGCCUGGGGUGAUGAUGACGAUGGCGCUGGCGGAGCUGGCCUCCCGCCUCAACUGCGCCGAGUACAAGAACUGGCUGAAGGCCGGCCAGGGCCUGCUGCUCCUGCGGGGCGCCCUCCAGGGCUUCGCCGGGGAGCAGGUCCAGGCCUUCCACCGCAGCAUCGCCGCUCGCCUGGCAGCAAGGCCUCCUCGGUGCAGCGGGAGGUGCCCCCCUCCUCGCGGGAAGCAGUUUCAGCCUGCCUGCUCCCUAUGUAAAGAAUGGAAAAAGGAGAUUUUGAAACAUCACACACACAGGACUGGGGAAGUGAACUGGGGAAACUGCAGGCCUUGGCUCUGGCCUUCUAACUCUUGGGAGAUUGCAAAGGCUUACAUGCCUCGUGGGAAAGCUGAUAGUUGUGGCCCUGACAAAUGUGAUGCAUCAGGACUCUUAAAUCUUUUUACCUUCUGUGAUCACUUCAGCAACAUUGAUCAAAAGAAAAUCAGAGAGGUGAUUAAGUGCCGCAAUGAACUAAUGCACUCUUCAGACAUGAAAGUCUCUUCUUCUUGGCUGAAGGAGUUUGGAAAUCAUGUCCAGAAUUUGCUAAGCGAGUUCCAGGAUGUUCCCGAGGCCCAAGCAGCUAGUACAAGGAUAGAAAAGCUCCUGUCAUCUGACUGGGCUGUUCAUGUACCAGGGGAAGAUCAGCUUGAUGGACUGGAAAGUGAAAUAAGCCAAAUGCAGAUGAGUGAAAUAGAGGCAGAACUGAUAAAAGAGAGACUUUGUGAAAUCAGGCUUUGCAUGGAAGAGCAAGAAACAAUAUCAAAAGAGGAUUUAAACAGAAUACAAGCUGUAAAGGAUUUCAUACACAAUAAUCAUGAUCUUCAGAGAAGUUUGCAGGCAGAAAUGCAGAAUUUAGAAGACUUAGUACAAAAAUUAUACAGCCAACAGCAAUUGGUAAAAGAGACAGAAGAAGUGAAUUGUGGAGAGAAAAAAGAUGAAGAUUGUCCUUUACAAAAAAUGAAACGUAUGGUAUGAAGAAUAGCUGCUGUGAAAACACCAGGCAUGUCAUGAAGAGAAACAUUUAAGACUAGAGAUCUCUUUUUAACUCUGGUCUCCAGAGUCAUAGUCCAACACUCAAACUAUGCUGGAUCAGUCAUUACAUUUUUUUAAAAAAAUGCCAGACCCCUUGUGCUAUAUACUGUCUUGUUUGAGUAACUUAGCAUGAUUUUUCUUAGUUUUCAGUUCUGUGUUUGCUGUGAGAUAAUACCAUAUUAGUGCUGGAAAUAUUAAUAGCAAAAAAACUUUCAAAAGUCA